AACCGACUUAAUUUGAAAAUCAGCUGUCGAUGUGAGGUACCGGUGUUUCUAAAGGUAAAAUGGCCCCACCGAGACACAGGGAAGACUGGGUGAGCACAACAAAAAUAGAAGCAAAUCUCGGGAAGUAGAUGCGGCCAAGAAAUUUUACAUAUAUGACAAAAAUCAAAAGAAACCGCGGGACUGAUUCUGUCGGGAUUUUUUGUAGUUCUGUAAAAUUUGCCACCUAGUCCUGAUGGAAUAAUAAGCUAACAUAUAAAAAAGAAUCGUGAAAAGGAGCCCCGACACAGCUCGUGUUGUUUGCCAAUGAGCAGUUGAGUACGCUUUGUAAAUAAAAUUUCAAGGUCGGGUAAAUGAAUUGAAAGGCCCCAUUAUCAGGACAGAGAGAAAGGAAACCCGCGGGAGGGCGCCAAUUGACAUAAACCCACUUGUUAGUUAUUAAUAACGUCGGCGUCUGAUUCAUUAGCUGACGGAAUACAUAAAAUCUUGCGUUCGUGGUUUGAAACCAGUUCAAUGUAACCGCGCGAAACAACGCAAAGAGAGUAACAACGGCGUUCAAUUCUAACACAAGUUGAUACGGGACAAAGAGCCCACAGAUUUUGAAGUAAACAUGAUGAGAUUGAAAUUCAGUGUGGAAGAUAUUUUGCGAGCUGAAACCGUAACGAGCAAGAUGGUUUCGCAAAAAAGUGGCUCAAUGGAGUGCUUGGACAUGAUGACGUCAGAUGGCGAAUCGCCUCGGUCCGAGUCCCCAGACUCGAUAACAUCAACUAAUUCGGAAGGUACGGAAAGUAAAGGAGGACGAAGGAUACGGACAAUGAUUCAAAGUUGGCAGAAGAAUUGCUUGGAAACAGUUUUCGAAAACCAGCAGUAUCCAACUGUGUAUCAGUGCGAAGAGCUGAGUAAAAAGCUCGGACUGCCAAAUUACGUAACCAAGGUAUGGUUUCAAAACAGAAGAUCAAAGUUUCGAAAGGAGGGAAGUCGUAAGCAAGUCCGAAACAGCAUUGAUCCGUAUCCGGUACGAGUUAAGAAUGAUUCCUUAAUCACGAAGGAAGAAACACCUUUAAUUCGAAACAUUCCGGUUGAAAAUGACAGAAAAAAAUCGCAGAACAACGAACAAUGGGUUGGGAAACAAAAGGAAGCAUGUAAUUGCCCUGAAUGUAUCAAUACUCAUGCGUCAAUUGCCUUGAAUGCGUCAAAAGUAGAUGUUCCUGAUCGACAAAUCCCCGAAUCAAUGCCGAAGCUUGAGAUUUGCAACUGUAGGGACUGUAUCGCAAGGACUGUUGUUUAUCGUCAGCAGCAACAACAACACUCAGAGCUCCAGAGCCAGUUUACUGGAUUUAAUGAGGAACAGCGGGAAAUGGCAAGGGAUGUUGAUAUGAAGACAGUUUUACGAGAGGAAAACGAAAGACAGAAAGAGCUUGAAAAUAUUCAGGAAAGGGAUGCUUUAUGUGGUUGCUCUCAAUGUCAUGCGGCCCUUCAGCGGGCAAAGAAUGAAGAAAUGUACUUCAAAACUACAGUUGCCAGAUACCAUUCAUCUGAACAAUAUUACAGGCCUUCGAGAGAAACAAUAUUUCACGAGAGAAACUUUGAAGAUAAAUUCACAAAAACCCAUGGUACUCUCCACUAUGUGCCACCAAAAUUGGAUUUGAUGUAUGACAGGGUCCAAGCUGGACAAUGUUUUUGCAAAGAAUGUACUUCUAAUUCAUCACAUUUCAAAUAACGAUGAUGCUUAAUUACCUAUGAAUGUAAAUAGUCAUGUGCUGUAAAAAAUUACCCUUUUAUAUUCUCUUUUGCAACAAGAAAAUAACGGCGACUUCUCUUUGUACGAAAUCUCAUAUUCGCAAUGAGUUUGUGCUUGUUUGUUAAGAAAGAUGAGCUUCUU